CCGCAAGCAUAUCCAUCAGAGUCUCAAUCAAAUGUGGUUGAAGCUUCGAAUUCAUGUUAAAUUGCAACUACAAACAUAGUUCUCAGAAUUGCUGCGUACAUCACCACUCGGCUGAGUCGCAAAGGACAGAAAGAACAUCAAGUAUGACUCGGAUACUGCCAUCAGAUGAAAGGAGCAGGGCGCUGAUCGUGGCCAGCGCCGGAAUCAGGAGCACACCUACUGCCAGCAUCACCUUCGUUGCGCCCUGUUUCUUGGCCUUUCUUGAAAGGCCCAAAAUGAGCUGGAUUGCAACUCGUCGAUGCGCCACACUGCUGCUGUUCAUAGGUCGAAUGUGGAUCUCCAGAAUACUGACCUGUGUGUUCGGUUGGCUGAGUUGCGUAAGGGCCAUGAGAUGCUUGACAUUGUUCUGGCUCCAAAGAAGGAUAAGGGGGAGAGUAAAAACAUCCGUCUGGAACACAUAGUGGCAUA